CAAUAUCAAUAUUUGUAUUUUUCGACAGUUGUACAAAAUAAAAAGUUGAUAACGAUCCGACAUUAAUAGACACUAGUUGGUAAACGACGAGUAAUGAUAGUUCUAUUGUAUAAAGUAUUAUUUACAAAAUGUUCAGGUUAAUCAGGUAAUUCCUGUAAUCAGUCAAAAGAUAACCGAAGACGAUGAUCAAUCUCAUUAAGUACUUCACUGUUUAAGAUAAGAAUGAUCAACUGGGACAAUUAGCUAUAUACUGUCCUGGCAAAAAUAUUCUAGCAUUGGAUUAGCGUAGUUAGUAAGUGGCAGUAAAAUGCAUGGUUCCUGCAGAGUUGUUACAUUUUGUCUUCUGACUACAGUUUUGCCUACAAUCCUUAUAAUCAUACCACUUUAUUUAAGAAAUAUGAGAUAUGCUGAUGUUAUGUACAAGAUAUCUGAUUCAGAUGUCAUCCAGAUUCACAAAGGACAAUCAUCAGUGUUUUGUAAAACACAUUCCUUAAAAAUGAACACCACAUUUAAUGCAUUCCAAAUGACUGGCAAACCUGCCCUGUCCAUAGAAAACAAGAAACACAUAAGACUUAAGAAAUCGUUGACUCUUCCUGAUGACACUCUGGAGUACUGGGGGUUUUACCUCUUCAAAGGAGCUUCCGUUGAACUUGAAGCAUGUUCCAGGUAUGAGGGAUCUAAAAUAUUAGUUGUGAAAGGUGAUAAUAUACUAAAUACGUGUGGUAUUUUAGAAGGGAAUAAAUACAAGAAAGAUGCUCCUCACAUUGACAAUCAGGAGCAUGUGAUAGUCACCUUAGCAAAUCCUGGUGAAAAGAAGGAACACCCAGAAGAUUCUGUAUCAAUAAAAAAUAACUUGGAGCAAAGCAACCAGGGGGAAGAAAACAAAGUAAUAAAAAAUAUAAAUAAGACUGAUAGUGUUCAAAGUAAUCUAGAACACAAUAACGUGACAAUGUUAAAUAGUUUACGAUUUAAAAGGAAUACAAAGCCAGUACAUCAGCCCAAAACUGUCCUUGAUGCUGGAAUUCAUCACGGCGGAAAUGCAUUCAACAGCACAGAUGGACACCAAGAUAAGUCUGUUUCUAGCUUUGAAAUGAGUUUACACGAGUGUUAUGAUAAUAACAUUAUUAUCAACCGUGAACUGCCAUACCAAGCUGUUUGUAACAGUACAAAAUACUUUGGGAAAGCUACUACUUUAAAAGUUACCCAUGAUAUACUAUUAGAUGGAUAUUACUAUUAUAUAUUCUAUAGUGACAAUGACUUUGUCAAAAAUAAUAUUCAUGUGAUUUUUGAUAUUUAUAAACCCACUUUUUUGUACACUAACAUGUCAGAAUCAAAGGUAUGUAUUAAUAAAACAGAGUGUAUAUUUGACAUAGAAUUUUUUAGUGAUGAACUAGUAAUUGUAGAAGUACCUACAAAGGAUGGAUUAUCUUAUGAUGAUAAUGCAUCUAUUUUGACUUCUGUUUGUCACCCAAGAAUGUCUGUAUAUAUAUUUUUUCCAGUGACUGUCCUUAUGUUGAUAAUUUUAUUUGCAUUUUUAUGAUACAUAUUUUUAGUUUUGGCAUAUUAUCUCAUAGUGAAAACGAACAUUUCCAAAAAUGUGAUAUUAAUUUAUUAGACGUUAAUGUUACUUAUAUUAAGUUUACUUGUGAUGUGAUAGUUGCACUAAUAGUAAUAUGAUCCGUGCCCUUGCUUGAUAUCGUGCACUAGUUUGAUGUCAUAUGUAGGUAGUAAAAUAUCUCAUAAUUUAUCAACCAAACAAAAUAAUACCAUACCAAGCUAACUGUAACUUAAAUGACUAAUGACUAUGAGUGUGCAGUUACACUGUUACAAGCUGCUAUAAAUGAUCUAUGUAUUGUAUAUAUGUAAAUAUUACUUGUUAUUAAAAAAUAUUACUUGUUGCGUCAAAAAUA